AUGGCCGGAGGCGGAGGAAGCUCUUCCGCCGCCGACGCAACCGCCGUCGUGGCCCCAUCGCUACCGCAAGGCGCUGCUUACGCUGUCGUCGUGGGCGUCGGCUUCGUCAUCGCCCUCAUCAUGAUUGGCAUCACCAAGAUCCUGAAAAGGACGGUUGGCGAGGACAACCGCAAGACGGAAAUGUUCAUGACCGCCAACCGCACCAUCAAUACCGGCCUGACGAGCUCGGCCGUCAUUUCCUCGUGGUUGUGGAGUACCGCCAUGCUGGGGAGCACUCUUGUCGGCUACAACUUUGGUGUUGCUGGCCCCUUUUGGUUCGCCGCUGGAUGCUCGCCCAUGAUCGUGUUCUUCUCCGUCCUUGGCAUCGCCUGCAAGCUGCGCGUGCCCCAAGCCCACACCCUCCUCGAGAUCAUCCGCAUCCGCUACGGAACCGUCGGCCACAUUGUGUGGAUCGUUCUGUGCCUCAUCAACAACAUCAUCGCCGUCGCCAACAUGUUGCUUGGCGCCAGCGCCGCGAUUUCUGCUGUAUCUGGAAUGCACGUUAUCGCUGCCACCUUCCUCCUCCCCAUCGGCGUCAUCCUCUACACCUUUGUCGGCGGUAUCAAGGCCACCUUCUUGACGGAUUACUUCCACACAUUUGUCAUCACCAUCAUCAUCUGCUUCUUCACCAUCAAGGCCUUUGUCACCGACGAGAUUGCCUCCCCGCGCAUCUCUACGAACUCGUCGUAG